AUGGCGACUCAAGAUGAUGGCACACUGUAUGGCGUUCUCGUCAAGUGGGCCGAGCAGACGCCGGAAGCAGUCUUCCUUCGAGACCUACCAUCGGGCGAAUGCUUGACCUAUGGGCAAUCACUUCGAAUCGUAGAUUACAUCGCCGAGCGACUGCAAGCGUACCGGAGCAAGCAAGACCCGUCUACACCACCUCUUUUGGCUCUCUGCCUCACGCACAAUCAGCCAAUGCAUAUCCUCGCCCCUUUGGCUUGCUGGAAGAUUGGUUGGUCCGCCGGCUACAUGUCUGCGAGCUCAAGUUCGCCUCGGGACAUUUUCAGAGCACGAUUACGCUGUCUCACGCCCUCGCUCAUUGUCACCGACGAUCAAAUCGACGAAGCCAUCGUUUUCCCUCCUUCUCUUGCACAGGAGGAUGUCAAUGCACCAAUUUUGACGCUAGCGGAAUUUCUGGGCCAGACAGCACUAAAAGCAGCCGAGAAAGUCUCGAUGGCCCAGCUCGCCGAAUUGCGACCUUCACUGGAGAGCAUCUGCCUUGUUGAACGACAUGAGGAGGAGGAAGCCUACCGCAUGUUCACCUCGGGUGCCACGAGUGCCUCUGCCGUCAAGGCCGUGUCGAUGCCACACAGGUUCUUGCGUCAAUCGGUCGACUACUGGCAGGCCAAAGCAGGGAUCGAGUUAAUUAGUCAACAAGCACACAGCUUAGGCUCGGCGCCCCUCUCGCACGCACACGGCCUGAUUGCCAACGUCAUGUUUUGCAUUGUGCCGACGGGUGGCAGUUACAUCUUUUUCGACUACAACACACUUUCAAUCAAUGGGCCAGAGCACCGAGCGGAAGCCACUGCCAAGGCGCUCAUCGAAGUCAUGAGGAGAGGAUGGGUUUGCAACAGCCUCUGGACAUUUCCAGCCACGCUCGAACACCUCGGUACAAGGGCAUCAGUAGAUGGGGAAUUGCUUACUGCGAUACAACGUCUUAAUUACGUCAACGUCGCAGGCGCACCAGCAGCAAAGAGUGUUUUUGAGUGGUGGGCAGAGAAAGGGGUUUCGAUGUGCAAUUCGUGGGGCAUGACCGAGCUUCCGCUCGGUGCUUGCAGCAUCGGCCAGCCGAGACCAGAAACCUUUAGGUUCAACCCAAAUGCCUUGCUUCGAUGGGAGGACGUCCCAGGGUACGUGGGGGCACAGGAAUUGGUAGCCGAUCCUCGGACUAUCUUCAAAGGCUACUACUGUCUGCGAGAUGGUAAGGUUCUUUUUGAACCGGUCGAAAGCCGAGGCUUUCGCACUCUCGAUCUCUUUCAUCAAGCUGGCGACAGCGAUUAUAAGUUUGUGGGACGCCUCGACGACACGAUCCAGCUGGUGAACGGAGAAAAAGUACUCGCCACCUCCGUGGAAGCGGAAAUUCAACGAUGUAAUCACGGUCGCCUGGCUUUCGUUGCGGGCGACCGAGAGAACGGACCGUCUUCGAGCCUUGUUGCCCUCGUCGAGAUGGACGCGCACGAUGGUCAAAGACUUCUCCAAAGCGCUGUCUCGAGAGCCAACGAAGUGCUAAUGGCUGCUUCUCGACUACCAAUCGACCACGUUACAUCCAUCCCCCUCGGCAGCCUCCCCAAAACGAGAAAAGGAGUUCUUUCCCGAAGCGAGGCCGCUCGCCGCCUCUCUUUGGAACUCAAACGCCUACGAGCGCGCGUCGCGAGACGACAAGCCGUGCAGUGUCUCGAUACUGUCAUCGGUAGGCCAGUUCACAAAGACGAAAGACUGAUUUCGCUUGCCUUGACAUCGAUCCAAGCGAGCAGCCUGGCCUCUCUGAUCGAGCGACACACAGGCAUCAGAAUCACCGCCGCUGAUCUGUUGCAAGUCGACAGCGCAGCCGACCUCGGAGCGCUUGUUGAGUCACGCGUAUAUCCGACGGCCGAGACCGCUUCACCUCCACGAAUGCCGUUCUUUCAUGAAUCGGUCAACAAAGCUAAUCAAGACGUGGAUGAUCCAGUCGCGAUCCGAGGUAUGGCGCUAAGAUUGCCCGGAAACGUGAAAAGUCUCGAAGAGGCGUGGGCCGCUUUCCUGACAGGAGAAGGUGCGGAAGGUCUCGACAUCCUUACCAAUGACGGUAAAUCUGCGUCCGGGCGACGUGCUUGGCUGCCCAGGAACGACAUCGAGAGUUUUGACAACCAAUGUUUUGGCAUCUCGGAUGAAGAAGCGCUCUUCGUCAAACCUCAGCAAAGGCUGGCACUCGAAGUGAUGUACGAGGCGCUCUCGGACGCCUGCCUGCGUCCUAGUUCUCUGAGAGGCAAACGCGUUGGGGUCUUUUGCGCUGCGAGUGGACAAGACGGGUACGAGCGUCUGCUGGAGUCAGCGAUGGGACCCAAGGCGCACAAUUCACGCUUCUGGGGCCAUGGAACAAGCACGGCGGCUGUGUCCGGCAGGAUCGCUCACUACCUGGGUGUCGAGGGGCCCGUUAUGACCUUUGAAACGGCAUGUAGUGGCUCUCUUGUUGCCCUUUGGUCUGCCCACCGCUCGCUGCUCAACGGCGACUGUGACGUAGCCAUCGUCGGUGGCGUAACCACACACUUGCAUCCCGGGACGUUGGCUUUCAUGCGUUGCGCCGGCAUGACUUCGCAAAGCUCUCAAGGAUCUCAAGCUUUCGGGGUCGAUACGGACGGCAUGUGUGCAUCAGAAGGUGCUAUUUUUGUCGUGUUACAGAGGAGCUCGAAAAUGCCGGUUGGGCUAGGUCGCUGCCUGAUUCGGGGGUCGCAAGUACGACACCAGGGCGCGUCAGCCAAUAUGCUCAUGACAAGAGCCGAUGCUCAAUCCAGGCUCCAUAAAUCUGUCCUUCAAGAGAGUGGCUGGCAACCUGGUCAGGUUGAUCUGGUCGAAGCACACGGAACUGGAACAAGCCUAGGCGACCAGAUCGAAGUGAUUGGUAUUCAAGAGACGUUCGGCAACUCUCCCGUCUUCGUCUCUUCGUCCAAGACAGUAUUUGGUCACACAUUGGAGGCAGCGGGUCUACUAGGCGUGGUCAAGGCGUGCAUGUGCCUCGAUUCGGGGGUUGUACCUCCGCAUCACGUCACAAAUCUGCAACCCUUAGGCGACAGGUGCAAAGCCAUCAUCCCUAGUGAAGAGACACCAGCACCAAGACUGCAAAGGGCCCUUGUAUGCUCCUACGGCUUCUCUGGAACCAUGGCUGCCGUCGCAAUAGAGAAGUCGUUCGCUGCAGGACCGUUGCAGGCACGAGUCUGCUCCUCCCUGAUGCGAGCCGGACUCGACGUGGACGUCAAGGCGGUCCUAUAUCCUCCGUCGAAGGUCUAUCGCGAACGAAGCAAAGAACUGCUCGAGCGACCCGUCGUCGCGCAAGCCUGUCAGCUCGCAGUAUCGAUCGCGCUUUGGCACACGCUGACGGCCUACAUCGCUAGAACGAGCAUUCAUACGACCUGUGGACAUAGUUUCGGCGAAGUUGUGGCUGCCUAUGCCUCUGGACUACUCAAUCUCGACGAAGUCUGCGCCCUCGUCCUGGCACGGGCUGCCCAUUGUGAGCGCAACUGGAAAGGUGAUGGUGCCAUGCUCGCCACACGUGCGUCAAAAGCGGCAGUUACGGCUCAUCUUGUCCCGGGUAUUACGGUGGCUGCCGUCAAUUCUGACUCAGCAGUGACCUUAUCAGGGACUGUUGGAGCGAUCCUCAGCCUCAAGAAGCGACUGGCAGGCGAGAACAUCACCAGCAAGCUGCUCGAAAGCCAGGGUGUCGCGUAUCACCACCCUCGGCUAUCACCUGAUUCUGAACACCUAAGUCAAUGGAAUCGCAGUGGGUCGUGCAAUACGCCCCGCUUUUUCUCUACCAGCAACAGCUCAGGCUGCGAUUGGCCUCAACACAUCGUAAAUCACGUUCCGUACUCAACUUUCAUGGAGCAAAUUCUGGACCGAGUGCAACCCGACGUCCUCAUUGAGGUCGGUCUCGGUCCAGACCUAUCGUCAUUUUCGCGCGAUGCAUUGCGCAAGAAGAGGCAACAGGAAGGCCGCUCAUCAGUCAAGGACACGGUCGUGCUCCCGCUCUUUUCAACGCCAUCCCAAUGUCAUCUGCCCACUUUGGUCGGCCGACUAUUCGAGCUUGGCGGAAUCCUUAUUGAGUGGCCUCACGGUACAGCAAGAGCCGACAUGGGCAUCGAACUUUUCGAGAAAAAGCGUCACUGGCCCGAAAAGUCCCUUCUCAGAAACGAUUAUGAGAGUACAGUCGGUCUAGGAUGGCAACAACAAUCCUCUUCUUCGCGCUUCACAAUCGCCAAGACAAUCACGAACGAAGAAGCGGAAGCGCUCGCCGAACGUCGCUCAGAGGAUGUUAUGUCGUUGCUGAUUCAAGCUUGCUCCCUUCUGCUGGGCACGAACGUCUCGUUCGUCCUGGACCACCUAGCUCUGGAGCAGACACGAGAGAUCGAUUUGCGUGGCCGGAGUAUUGAGGUACGAGUGGUGACUGGUCGUAUCGCCAGCCUCGUCACGAAAGCAUACGACACAAGUGCUACACUAUUGUUGGCAACCGCCACCCUCGAGCAGAGCUCCACGAUCACCAGCGCUUAUGCUGAUAGCAUCAGCACCAAGGAAAAUGAAAAAUUCUCAGACGCGUUCACAUUCGAAUCCAGCCUCGAUCCGACAGCAAUCAUGCACAAUCUUCGUUCUGUGGGGCAGCUUCCGGAACCUCUCCAGCUCAUUGCCUAUCACACGUUCCCCUCUCUAUCGAGAACUUCACAGCCGCUGGAGAGUAAAAGAAAGGAAGGUACCAUAUCGGUCUUCACUGCAAAAGGCAGGCAGUGGGUGGCAGACGUGCUCGUUGAAGAGAACGAUCAGAUCGCCCGGCACCCAGCUCCUGCUACUCCACCACUCUCAACUUCUUCGAGGAUCUCGACAAAAUUCUCGACUCCGACUCUUUCUCACCAAUAUUCAGGCAAAGAGAUCGUGCUUUCAAGCUGUACGACUUUGGCCCAGCACGUGGUCUUGGGCGCUCCCAUCUACCCUGCUGCUGCACUUUUGGAGCUUGUGGUACAAGUUGCGGAAAUUUCUCUAUCCGUGACUGAUGUCGCGUUGAACAAACCGGUCAAUCUAAUAGAGGAUGCGCGAUUGAUGAUACGUCAAGAAGAAGACAGCGAGGAUAAUUACCGGAUCUCGCACGAUGACGACAUCAUCUCCACGUUCAGCAUAGGAGCGAUCCGAGCACCUCCACCAUGCCCUUCCUGGAAAUCUCUUCUGGCAAGAACAAAGCAAGUAAACCUUUCAACCUUCUUCAGUGGCGGCUGGAAGUCUUUCACCGAUUUUGGUCCCUCGUUCCGGCGGAUCGAAGAGCUUCGAUUCAACCAACACGAAUCAUACGCCAAGAUACGAGGAUGGGACUCGGUAGAGGAAGGUGGAGCGCACGAGCCACAGUAUCGCCUCCACCCUGCUGUCAUUGAUGCGGCCAUGCAGAGCGCUUCGGCUCUCGUUAUCGGCGACUCGUUCUUACCUUCAGACACCUUCUAUGUACCCACGUGGGUGGAUCGUUUUGACCUGGCAAGUGAUCGCAACGAGCCUCGAACGCUCCAUGCACAUGCCGUCCUUCAGAGCAGUGAAAGAGACUCCUUCCGUUCGAGGAUCAACGUGUUCGAUCAGGAUGACGAAUUCGUCUUCUCUAUUGAAGGUCUCGUGCUCACUGCUACCCACUUGCCCAUCGUUGAACCUGGAUCAGGGCAUAAGAUCAUCUGGCAGCCGACCGAAUGUCGCAAGAAGGUGGCCAAACCCUUGCAAACCCAAAAAUGGACUCCAGACCGCAUUGAAAGGCGACGAAGAAAUGUGGAAGACGCUAUGCAGGUCGAUGCAAUCGUCUCCGAGAUUGUCCGUCAAACAGUAGAGAAGUCCGGGGGGCGUGACGAUCAGCUUCCAAAGCAUCGACUACGCUACAGGGACCUGCUAUUUCGCAUAUCUUCUCAGGCAGUAGGAUCGCUAGACUUACGGUCGCAGACUGAGAUAGUACGAGAAAGGGACGCUGUCACUGCCGAAGUGCUUGAAAGGCUUCCCUCUCUAGUCGAAGAGGCUAGCUUGGACUCCAUGGCUGCCGUUGAUUGCCUUUUCAACAACGGGCUUGCCGAUCGCAUCUACAGGAACGUUUUCGACGAGGAAAUGGCAGGAGCUUAUUCAGAAGCACUGCGCAUAGAGCUAGAACGCAUCUCGGACGGCAAACAGGUGAUUCGCAUUCUCGAAGUGGGCUGCGGUACUGGGGCACUCUCGAGGGUUAUUGCCGCUGCUGCAGAGGAUUUCGAACGGGAGACCGGAGUCACAGUCCACGUUACCUUCUCGGACGUAUCUAAGCGCUUCGCCUCCGAUGUCGUGGCGAACUUGUCAGGGAGCAGAUCCGCGGCCGAAUACAACAUCGAUCUCGAUCCAGCGUUGUCGGGCUUGGAUUCGGGCUCUUUUGACGUCUUGUGCGCCCUCCACGUCCUACAUGCGUCCAAAAAUAUUACCCGGACAGUCCGACACCUCGCGCAACUUCUUUCACCCGCCGGCACGCUUCUCGCCUAUGAGCUGGACGGACAAGCAUUUGCUCAAGGCGAACCCAGGUCCAAAUUCCUCGAUGUCCUUUGGGGAAGUAUGCAGGCCUGGUACGACUUUGAUGAUGAGCGCACUCAUUGCAGCCUCGAUUCGCAAGGCUGGCAAAAUGCCCUUGAUGCACGUUUCACGGACUUCGAGUCGGUCACUGACAUUUCAGUCUGUGCCGAACCUCUCCUCCUCUUUCGCGCUCUCAAACGCGGGCCAAGCCUUGAAAGACAGAAGGAUUUGGACCGAGAGGUUACCGUCUAUCGCCACAGUGCGGGUCGAGAGAUGCAGUUGAAAGCGAUGCUAGAGGAAAGGGAACCCCAAUCUUGCUGGUUAGUCACCGAGGACGGAAACGAUGAGGACUUUGAGGGUGCGAGAGCCCUUGCGCGCGUGCUUACAACCGAGCUACACUGGAUACGCUUUUACGUCGCAUCGGUUCCUCCUCUGCCGGACUUGACGCUUCUUGAGAAGCUCACAGCAUUGCAAGAGUAUGGCUGCGAAAAAGAACUCAAGAUCGAGCCACAGCAGAUUAGGGUGCCUCGGGCCGUAGCCCUCAAAGAGACGAACACGCCAAUGCACCGACUCCAGCCAGAGAAGGCGUAUCUACUGUUGGGCGGCCUAACGCCCAUGGGGAUCGAGAUAGCUUGGUGGCUAUACGAUCAAGGUGCUCGCAUCAUCUUUUUGACAUCUCGGACUGGUGCCGCCAAGCUGCACGAAGAAAGCGACAUGCAAUGGGUGAAUGCGAAGAGGAAGGUGGAAGCUCUUCAAAAGAGAGCGGAUGCCUGCUUGCAAUUGUGCGCUUGCGACGCUACAGAUGACGAAGCAACAAGCGGGCUGCUGCGGCGGGCAAGGAAGAGCGCACAAGCAAUCGGAGGCAUAAUUGUCAUGCCCCUGGUGCAGCUGCCUCACUCAUUCAAGCUACAGACAAAAAAUAGCUUCGAGGCCCUCUACAACGUCCGUGUUGGUCCUCUCAGAGUCCUUGAACAGGCGCUGCGCAUACAGGAGCUCGACUUCCUUGUCUCAACCUCGACGGUCGGCAACUUGUUCGGCUUUCCCUUUCAAAGCAACUACUACGCCUCAGCAGCCAGCGCGGAAGGAUGGCUUGGACCUCAUUCCAACGCGAUCGCUAUAUCCGUCCCGGCAAUCACAGAUGUCGGAAGCUUCCAUCAAGAGGUGAUGCUGGGCAAGCGCGAGGUCAGCUGGAGAAUGAAGAGCCUAUGGACCACCUCUCGUAGCUUUACGACCUUGCUCAGCAGAGCAUUGGGGCUGACGAUAUCGAACAAAGCUGCUGGUAUCAGCACGUUGAUUCCUUCCUUGCCAUGGGCACAGGUGGAGCGCGAAUUGGACGCCAUGACGAUCAGGAGGCCGAUUGCACUUCAGCAUCUUCUUGCAUCUACGACCCGAAAGCAUCACGAGGAUCGGCAAGAGCAGACCGUUCUAGCAGAGGUGGAGAAGAGUGGACGAGCAGGCCCAGUGAAAGAGGAGCUCCUGAAACCCCGUGCAAGCUACAGUUCCCUCGACUCUCCCACCUGCAAGAGUAUUGAUGAGCUGCUCGGCGACGCCCUUGGGUGUGAUCGAGACACGUUUCAGCGAUGGGACCACUCGCAACCUAUUAGCUUUUUUGGGCUCGAUUCGCUCAAUGCCACAAUUCUCUCCAGCGCCCUACGAACGCACUUCAACAUUAUUCUCCCACAGCUCAGAAUCUUGAGCGACGUCACGAUCGCAGACGUCCUUGCACUAGCGAACACCGACUCAAAGACGAAGGCGGUGCACGACACUCGAAAUCCAAAAACGGACGCUCAAGUGCUUGUCAAAAUUCGCGACGGCAUAGACUCCGGGUCUGGUGAUCUUGUCCUAAUUCACGAUGCUCUUGGCCAGAUCUCCCUCUUUUACGGCCUGCACGAGUCGAUAAAUGGACCUGUGUGGGCUAUUGAGCCUUCCGAGUCAACUCGGCGCCUCAAAGACUUUGAGGCAAUGGUCGUUGAGUAUCACAAGGCUCUCACAGAGCUGCUCGCCCAUGGGCGUCCACUCAGGCUGGCUGCUUUUUCCGGCAGCACAAGCAUCGCCCUACACCUUGCUCGGCGGAUCGAGGAUACGAACGAUUUACGGCUGAUCCUCAUCGACUUUCUGCCACCACUUGUCCAAAGCAUGCCGCGUAGUAUGGACAGGAACAAUGGGAACGCCAUUGAUCAACUACUCCAUUUCAUCGCCAAAGCUGCCGAACUUGAUUCUUACGGUGACAUCGAGGUCAAACGAACGAGAGCGCUUCUAGAUGCGCUGCGCGGUGAUACGGAGGCGCGCCAACGCUUUUCGCGAUACUCAUUGCAGCACUUCCGAGACGACAUGGCCCGUACCAUGUGCAAAGAUUUGUCGGAAGCAGGAUGGCCGCAAGUUCGUUCCCAUGUGACUGUUGUCAAGGCUCAGGCUGGCAUACUGGAAGCCAUGCGAAGCAUUUUGCCUUCCGACUCACCCAUUCACGCACCCCGCUACAAUGAUCUCGGCGCUGCGCAGAUGUUCAGCAAGUCGACGCGCACUUUUGUCGAAGUUCCCGCAGUGGGCCAUUUCAGCAUCCUGUCAUCCCCGGCUCUGGCACGUUUGCUCUCCUAA